AUGGGCUGGUUUGCCAGGAUUGUCUGUCUUUUCUGGGGAGUAGUACUUACAGCAAGAGCAAACUAUCAAAAUGGGAAGAACAAUGUGCCAAGGCUGAAAUUAUCCUACAAAGAAAUGUUGGAAUCCAACAAUGUGAUCACUUUCAAUGGCUUGGCCAACAGCUCCAGUUAUCAUACCUUCCUUUUGGAUGAGGAACGGAGUAGGCUGUAUGUUGGAGCAAAGGAUCACAUAUUUUCAUUCAACCUGGUUAAUAUCAAGGAUUUUCAAAAGAUUGUGUGGCCAGUAUCUUAUACCAGAAGGGAUGAAUGCAAGUGGGCUGGAAAAGAUAUCCUGAAAGAAUGUGCUAAUUUCAUCAAGGUGCUUAAGGCUUAUAAUCAGACUCACUUGUACGCCUGUGGAACUGGGGCUUUUCAUCCAAUUUGCACCUACAUUGAAAUUGGACAUCAUCCUGAGGAUAACACUUUUAAGCUGGAGGACUCACAUUUUGAAAAUGGCCGUGGGAAGAGUCCAUAUGACCCUAAACUGCUGACGGCAUCUCUUUUAAUAGAUGGAGAACUAUACUCUGGGACUGCAGCUGACUUUAUGGGGCGAGAUUUUGCUAUCUUCAGAACUCUUGGACACCACCACCCAAUCAGAACGGAGCAGCAUGAUUCCAGGUGGCUCAACGAUCCAAGGUUCAUUAGUGCCCACCUCAUCCCAGAAAGUGACAACCCUGAAGACGACAAAGUAUAUUUUUUCUUCCGUGAAAAUGCGAUAGAUGGAGAACACACUGGAAAAGCCACUCAUGCUAGAAUAGGUCAGAUAUGCAAGAAUGACUUUGGGGGUCACAGAAGUCUGGUGAACAAGUGGACAACAUUCCUCAAAGCCCGACUUAUUUGCUCAGUGCCAGGACCAAAUGGCAUUGACACUCAUUUUGAUGAAUUGCAGGAUGUAUUCCUUAUGAAUUCUAAAGAUCCUAAGAAUCCAAUUGUCUAUGGGGUGUUUACAACUUCCAGUAACAUCUUCAAGGGGUCCGCUGUGUGUAUGUAUAGCAUGAGUGAUGUGAGAAGGGUGUUCCUUGGUCCAUAUGCUCACAGGGAUGGUCCCAACUAUCAGUGGGUGCCUUACCAAGGAAGAGUCCCUUACCCACGACCAGGAACUUGUCCCAGUAAAACGUUUGGUGGGUUUGACUCUACAAAAGACCUUCCUGAUGAUGUGAUAACAUUUGCAAGAAGUCAUCCUGCUAUGUACAAUCCAGUGUUUCCUAUUAAUAACCGGCCAAUAAUGAUCAAAACAGAUGUCAAUUAUCAAUUUACACAAAUUGUGGUAGAUCGAGUGGAUGCAGAAGAUGGCCAAUAUGAUGUUAUGUUUAUUGGAACAGAUGUUGGGACCGUUCUUAAAGUAGUUUCAAUUCCUAAGGAGACUUGGCAUGAUUUAGAAGAAGUUCUGCUGGAAGAAAUGACAGUUUUUCGGGAGCCAACUACUAUUUCAGCAAUGGAGCUUUCCACUAAGCAGCAACAACUUUAUAUUGGUUCCACCACCGGGGUUGCCCAGCUCCCUCUACACCGAUGCGAUAUUUAUGGGAAAGCAUGUGCGGAGUGCUGCCUUGCCCGAGACCCUUACUGUGCCUGGGAUGGCUCUUCAUGCUCUCGCUAUUUUCCCACUGCAAAGAGACGCACAAGACGACAAGAUAUAAGAAACGGAGACCCGUUGACUCAUUGUUCAGACCUACAACACCAUGAUAAUCACCAUGGCCACAGCUUUGAAGAAAGAAUCAUCUAUGGAGUAGAAAAUAGUAGCACGUUCCUGGAAUGCAGUCCAAAAUCACAGCGAGCUCUGGUCUAUUGGCAAUUCCAGAGGAGAAAUGAAGAGCGAAAAGAAGAGAUCAGAGUGGAUGAUCACAUCAUCAGGACAGAACAAGGCCUUCUACUGCGUAGUCUACAGCGGAAGGAUUCGGGCACUUACCUCUGCCAUGCCGUGGAACACGGGUUCAUGCAAACUCUUCUUAAAGUGACCCUGGAAGUCAUCGACACAGAGCAUUUGGAAGAGCUUCUUCAUAAAGAUGAUGACGGAGAUGGCUCUAAGACCAAAGAAAUGUCCAACAGCAUGACACCUAGCCAAAAGGUCUGGUACAGAGACUUCAUGCAGCUCAUCAACCACCCCAACCUGAACACAAUGGAUGAGUUCUGUGAACAAGUGUGGAAAAGGGACCGAAAACAACGUCGGCAAAGGCCAGGACAUGCCCAAGGGAACAGCAACAAAUGGAAGCACUUGCAGGAAAAUAAGAAAGGUAGAAACAGGCGGACCCACGAAUUUGAGAGGGCACCCAGGAGUGUCUGAGCUGCGUUACCUCUAGAAACCUCAAACACAUAGAAACUUGCCUAGACAAUAACUGGAAAAAAAAAUGCAAUAUACAUGAACCUUUUUCAUGGCAUUAUGUGGAUGUUUACAAUGGUGGGAAUUGCAACUGAGUUCCACCAAUUAUAAAUUAAGUCCAUGAGUAAUUUUCCUAACAGGCUUUCCUCCUAAUACCAACACCGAAUAGGGGUCAGGUGAACGCAGAUGUUCACUUUAGCAGACUUAAUGUUUCCUAUGAGAUUUCAUUGUACAGGUUUCGCUUUCUUCUUUGCCUGAGAAAUAAAAAUGUCAUUUGCCAUAUUGCCAUCUAAAGAAGAAAAACUGCAUCAGCAAAGCCAUUUUAUUGAACUAAAAGUUUAAAAUAAACUGCAUGGAUUUAUGAAGCUGAUGAAUAUUCCAAAAUAUAGUUGGAUUCAAGGAUAUUUUUUGUCUACCAGCACUUGUGUUUAUAUGUACUGGAGGAGUAAAAUGAGACUGAAUGAAAUGGUCUGUGGAAGUAUAAAAAACAUAAACCAUCCAUCAUCCAGAAGAAAAAUGGAAUACACUGAUCUACUACUGAUGUCUUCUUUCAGCUUUGAUCUAAAGAUGUAUUUUAUUAAAACUAUAAUUUAAAUGUACCAUGACAAAUAUGCAGUAAAAAUUAGCUCUUUUCUAAGCUAGAGUAGGUUUUUGUCUUAUACUUACUGUGCUCUAUAGUUUUUGUUUUACAAAUUCCAAUUGUGUGCUGCUUUUUCCCCCGACAUUGUGUUUUUAGUUCUGCAAGAGGGAUAGCCGAUAUUGCUCAAGAAACACGUAAACGUCAUUAACAGUUGAUUCCUAAAGCCUGGACCUAAAUUAUGCUUUAUUUCUCUGAGGAAUUCAAACAAAUAACACCCCCUUCUUUAAGCAUGAUCGAAAUUAAUUUUAACUUGCAUAAUGUUCUUAGAAAAACCAGAACGUGUAACCAAAAAAAAAAGAGAAGAAACAAUUCGAUUUGUUCAAUGCAUUGUGUUGUAUCUAAUGGAUCAAUAAGGAGAAAAGGAACUGCAUAUUCCAUGAAAAUAAUAAGCAUUGUUUUAAUAUAGCUUUAACAGAAAAUCUCAGUUCUGGGCUUGAAAACCUGCAUGAUAUUUGAGACAUAAAAACUCUCAUUAUUCCUUUAGGAAUUACAUAUGUGUCACUUAAUUUUCUUGAAAAAGAGAGAUCAGUAAUAUUCAGAAGAACAUCUUAAAAGCAAAUUUCCCAACUCUGUUUAUAUUUGUAUCAGCUGUCUCUUACCUCACCUUGUUUAAAACAAUGAUCUGUCUUACAGUGAUCAUUCCGAUUCGUUUCAUGUUGAUGGGAGCAACUUUGAUACAAACUGUUUCCCAGGACACAACUCUCACUUAAAACAUGUAAAGCUUUUUGUUUCCUGCAACAACUUAUAAAAUAAGGUAAAAGCUGUCAAUAAAGGCCUUGCCUCUUCCCUCGUCCUAACAUGA